CGCUCUGCAGGGUUGGGCUGUAGCUCCCGAGUCGGCGGGCACAGGAUGUGAGCUCACAGCCGAGAUUGCAGGCAGCCACAGGCCAGAGGCGGCUCCGAGUCCGCUUGCCACUUGGCUGAGAGGAGAGGCGCCCCCGCGGACGAUACUGAGAGUAUGAGGCCCUGGCCUCUGCAGGCCACUCCCUCGUGACCACUCCCACCACGGCAGAACCUUCUAAGCCCACCUCCUGCCGUGUGGUGAUCUACCUGCAGCGGGAGAUGUCAGGGGACACCUGUCUGUGCCCAGCCUCGGGGGCCAAACCCAAGACCAGCGGCUUCAAGGGAGGCGGGCUGGGCAACAAGUACGUGCAGCUCAAUGUGGGAGGCUCCCUGUACUACACCACGGUGCGGGCCCUCACCCGGCACGACACCAUGCUCAAGGCCAUGUUCAGUGGGCGAAUGGAGGUGCUAACCGACAAAGAAGGCUGGAUUCUCAUAGACCGAUGUGGAAAGCACUUUGGCACCAUCUUGAAUUACCUCCGAGAUGACACCAUCACCCUCCCUCAAAGCCGGCAAGAAAUCCAGGAGUUGAUGGCCGAAGCAAAGUAUUACCUCAUUCAAGGGCUGGUUAGCACGUGCCAGACUGCCCUGCAGGACAAGAAAGACUCAUACCAGCCUGUGUGUAACAUCCCCAUCAUCACGUCCCUGAGGGAGGAGGACAGGCUCAUUGAAUCCUCCACGAAGCCUGUGGUGAAGCUGCUGUACAACAGGAGCAACAACAAGUACUCAUACACCAGCAACUCUGAUGAUCACCUGCUGAAAAAUAUUGAACUGUUUGACAAGCUGUCCCUGCGCUUCAAUGGCCGCGUGCUCUUCAUCAAGGAUGUCAUUGGGGAUGAGAUCUGCUGCUGGUCCUUCUAUGGCCAGGGCCGUAAGCUGGCAGAGGUGUGCUGCACCUCUAUUGUGUAUGCCACCGAGAAGAAGCAGACCAAGGUGGAAUUCCCAGAGGCCCGUAUCUACGAGGAAACACUCAAUGUCCUACUCUAUGAGACCCCUCGAGUCCCUGACAAUUCCUUACUGGAGGCUACAAGCCGGAGCCGCAGCCAGGCUUCCCCCAGUGAAGAUGAGGACACCUUUGAACUACGGGACCGUGUCCGUCGCAUUCAUGUCAAGCGCUAUAGCACUUAUGACGACCGGCAACUGGGCCAUCAGUCUGCUCAUCGUGACUAAUGAGAAAGUCCUGUGUGCCACCCUGUGGAAUGUACCCAUUGGCCACCCUAUGCUGCCCCUGCUAGCUGGGAGCCUGCUCUAACAUGUACAGGUGACGGCCCUGCUUAGGAGGUCAGGGAGCUGGGAGAGGGAAAGCCACAUUGUCUUGCCUGGCCCCCCUCCCCCAGCACUUCCAGAUGCCACCCCACUUCCUGCCAACAGGGAGCUACUUGUGCUCUAGGGUGAGUGCACUGACUUCCCACCUCCUGCCAAGAACACUCCCGGGCCUUGGCUGAGUGCCCCUUUCUUCUGAAGAGCUCCUUUAGUUCCUCAGCUGAGGCCCACGGGGACAGCUUUGUUCUAGAGGAAAGGAGGCUUCUGGUGCUGUGAGGACCUAAUUUUGAACAGAAAAGGUGGCCUUUUUUUUCCUAAGGCAUUUAAACAUUGGUAUAACCUGGAUUUUUGUUUGUUUUUAAAUCUAGAUGUUAGCAUGGUAGCUGUGCCUAUAAUCCCAGCUAUGGAGAAGCCGAGGUGGGAUAACAUGUUCUAGGCUAGCCUGGACAACAUAGCAAGACCCUCAAUAUAAAAUUUUGAAAAGGGGGCUCAGUGGUAGAAUACUUACCUAGCAAGAGUGAGGCCCUGGGUUCAAUCCCCACACUCACUAAGUAUCUAGGAAGUGACUAGUUCUAGUCUGAGGGGACGGCUAGGACUAAGCACGUCCCCAGCAGAGUGUCAGGACCCCACCUAGUAGGCACACACACUCACACACUCCACCCUUUUCAAUAUCCUAAGACCCAUCUUUAAAGCACUUUGUCUAUCAUUCAGGGGAAUCUAUUCUGCCUUGACCCAAAGCUUUUUGUGACACUGAUCCCCUCCUGCACAAUCUGAAGGAAAGGCUGAGACAGGAGGAUCACAGGUUUGAGACCAGCCUGUGCUAUGUAGUUAAAGUCCCAGGCCAGCCUGGGCUACAUAGACUUUGU